AUGAGGAGGUCAUUUCUCCUCCCUCUCCUGGCAUCUACCCCAGCCGCGACAUCAUCGUCAUCGGCAUCGUCAACAUCUGGCGCGCUCGGCUAUGCAACCAGAGCAUCCAUUCUGCGGCGAUCGGGACGACGUACCUUACUAGGUGCCUACCCCGCGAUUGCAUUGCGGAAGCAGCAGCAGCAGCAGCGACGUUGGCGGCACCAUGAUUUGGACCGCGAUGUCUUCCCUGAACCGGAGACAGGGGGUGAGACGCCGCCGCUGACAGACUCCUGCCCGAAGCUGCCGUUCCGAUUCGAGACGGGCUUCGCCCUCUUUGCCAAGCGGGCACCGCGACCGUUCCCACCGCCCUUCCUCAGCCCGCCCAGCAGCUCGUUCAGCGACCCGCUCAGCACGCAUCACCAGAGCCGCGACAAGCGGGUUUUUGUGGAUGGGGAGGUCAUUCGCGGCUGGACCAACGGCGACGAUGCGGUGUAUGCGAGCGACUACUUCAUUUGCGCCAACGAUGGCGUGGGGGCCUGGUCGAUGCGCCCCCGGGGCCAUGCAGGGCUGUGGUCAAGGCUGAUUCUUCACUUCUGGGUUGCAGCUAUGCAGGAGGACAUCACGAGACCGAGCACGAACAACCAGCAUUACAAGCCUGACCCAGUGGCGUAUCUGCAAACGGCAUACGAGCGCACACUCGACGCCACCUCGGGCCCAAACGAUUGCCAGGGGACUACGACGGCAUCCGGCGCGCAGCUGUUCUACAAAGGCGAUGCGAGUGCAGCGGAGUCUUCGGUGCCCCUGCUUUAUGUAACGAACCUGGGCGAUUCCCAGAUCAUGGUCGUGCGGCCUCGAGACCAGGAGAUGAUCUACAAAUCUACGGAGCAAUGGCACUGGUUCGACUGCCCCCGGCAAUUGGGCACGAACAGCCCAGACACGCCAACGGAGAACGCGGUCAUGGACAUUGUAGAGCUCGAGGAAGGCGAUGUGGUCCUCGCCAUGAGUGAUGGAGUGAUUGACAACCUCUGGGAGCACGAGAUUGUCGAAAACGUCAGCAAGAGCGUCCGGCGCUGGGAACAGGGUGAAGGCGGCCCCGCUGACGGAGAUAGAUAUGGCGGCGCCAACGGAGGGAUGACGUUUGUGGCCGAGGAGCUGAUGAACGCGGCGCGGACUGUGGCGGUAGAUCCGUUUGCUGAGAGUCCGUUCAUGGAGCACGCAAUCGAGGAGGGAUUAGCCAGCGAGGGAGGUAAACUUGAUGAUAUAAGCGUGGUCGCAGCUCUCUGUCGACGGAAUAAUUGA